CCACACCUUCCACUUGUGCGGCGGCGUCCAGCGCGUCCGUCCGGUCCCAUCAGUCCCGACCUGUUCCACCCGGGCCGCGGGACUCAGCGCUGCCCUCGCCAGCACCGCCUCCAGACAUGAUGGACGGUCCUCGUUCAGACAUGGGCCGCUGGAGUGGGAGCCCCUGGCAGCCCCCUGCCACACCUUCCCCAGAGCCAGAGCCAGAGCCAGACAGGCGGUCUCGUCGUGGGGGACGUUCUUUCUGGGCUCGCUGCUGUGCCUGCUGCUCCUGUCGGAGUGGGGCAGAUGAUGACUGGGGGCCUGAGUCUGGCUCCAGGGAUCGAGGGUCCAGCUCUGGGGGCCGAAGACCCGACCACCGUGGCUCAGACUCCCGCCGGCCAAUUUCCCGGGGCAGUGGUGUGAAUGCAGCUGGAGAUGGCACCAUCCGAGAGGGCAUGCUGGUGGUGACCGGUGUGGAUCUGCUGAGUUUACGCUCAGAUCAGAACCGCCGAGAGCACCACACGGAUGAGUUCGAGUAUGACGAACUGAUCCUGCGCCGUGGGCAGCCUUUCCACAUGGUCCUCUACCUGUCUCGGCCCUAUGAGUCCUCCGAUCGUGUGACCCUGGAACUGCACAUUGGAAACAACCCUGAGGUGGGCAAGGGCACCCAUGUGAUCAUCCCAGUGGGCAAGGGAGGCAGUGGAGGCUGGAGGGCCCAGGUGACCAAGUCCAGCGGACAGAAUCUGAACCUACGGGUCCACACCUCCCCCAAUGCCAUCAUCGGCAAGUUUCAGUUCACGGUCCGCACACACUCGGGGGCUGGCGAGUUCCUGUUGCCCUUCGACCCCCACAAUGAGAUCUACAUCCUCUUCAAUCCCUGGUGCUCAGAGGACAUCGUGUACGUGGACCGUGAGGAUUGGCGGCAGGAAUACGUGCUUAAUGAGUCUGGGAGAAUUUACUACGGGACUGAAGCACAGAUUGGCGAGCGAACCUGGAACUACGGCCAGUUUGACCACGGGGUGCUGGAUGCCUGCCUGUACAUCCUGGACCGGCGGGGCAUGCCAUACGGAGGCCGAGGGGACCCAGUCAGUGUCUCCCGGGUCGUCUCUGCCAUGGUGAACUCCCUGGAUGACAAUGGGGUCCUGAUUGGGAACUGGUCUGGCGAUUACUCCCGAGGCACCAACCCGUCAGCGUGGGUGGGCAGCGUGGAGAUCCUACUCAGCUACCUACGCACUGGCUAUUCUGUCCCCUAUGGCCAGUGCUGGGUCUUCGCCGGUGUGACCACCACAGUGCUGCGCUGCCUGGGCCUGGCUACCCGUACCAUCACCAACUUCAAUUCAGCACAUGACACCGACACGUCCCUCACCAUGGACAUCUACUUUGAUGAGAACAUGAAGCCUCUGGAACACCUGAACCACGAUUCUGUUUGGAACUUCCACGUGUGGAACGACUGUUGGAUGAAGAGGCCGGAUCUGCCCUCUGGCUUUGAUGGAUGGCAGGUUGUGGAUGCCACACCCCAGGAGACCAGCAGUGGCAUCUUCUGCUGUGGGCCCUGCUCCGUGGAGUCCAUCAAGAAUGGCCUGGUCUACAUGAAGUAUGAUACACCCUUCAUUUUCGCUGAGGUGAACAGUGACAAGGUUUACUGGCAGCGGCAGGACGAUGGCAGCUUCAAGAUUGUGUAUGUGGAGGAGAAGGCCAUUGGCACACUCAUCAUCACAAAGGCCAUUGGCUCCAACAUGCGGGAGGAGGUCACCCACAUCUAUAAGCACCCAGAAGGCUCAGAAGCAGAACGCAAGGCCGUGGAGACAGCAACCGCCCAUGGCAGCAAACCCAACGUGUAUGCCACCCGGGACUCCACUGAGGACGUGGCAGUACAGGUGGAGACCCAGGAUGCAGUGAUGGGGCAGGACCUGACGGUCUGCGUGGUGCUAACCAAUCGCGGCAGCAGCCGCCGCACUGUGAAGCUGCACCUCUACCUCUCAGUCACCUUCUACACGGGCGUCACAGGGCCCGUCUUCAAGGAGAACAAGAAGGAAGUGGUGCUGGCGCCAGGGGCCUCGGACCGCGUGACCAUGCCUGUGGCCUACAAGGAAUACCAGCCCCAUCUCGUGGACCAGGGGGCCAUGCUGCUCAACGUGUCGGGCCACGUCAAGGAGAACGGGCAGGUGCUGGCCAAGCAGCACACCUUCCGUCUGCGCACCCCGGACCUCUCCCUCUCGCUGUUGGGAGCAGCCAUGGUUGGCCAGGAGUGUGAAGUACAGAUUGUCUUCAAGAACCCCCUGCCUGUCACACUCACCAACGUCGUCUUCCGGCUCGAGGGCUCCGGGUUACAGAGACCCAAGAUCCUCAACGUUGGGGACAUUGGGGGCAACGAGACAGUGACACUGCGCCAGACAUUCGUGCCUGUGCGACCAGGCCCCCGCCAGCUCAUCGCCAGCUUGGACAGCCCCCAGCUCUCCCAGGUGCAUGGUGUCAUCCAGGUGGAUGUGGCCCCAGCCUCCGGGGGCAGGGGCGUCUUCUCAGAUGCUGGAACUGACGGUCCCUCAGGAGAGACCAUCCCUAUGGCUUCCCGAGGGGGCGCUUAGCCCUGGGCCAGGAGCAAUGAGACUGGAGUCAGAUGAACAAGGACACUGCCACAAGACAAGGCUCCACCGCAGAGCAGCACGCCCGGGGCUCAGGUGGAGAAGCUGGGACACCUGGGGAGGGAGCCGAUCUUCACUUGCCCUGGGCGGCACAGAUGAUAAUAAACUGUUUUUUAAAGA